AUAUUCGAAGUCUUUGAUGACAUAUCCUACAAUAAAGGAGCGUCUAUCAUCCGGAUGAUGACCCACUACCUCACAGAGCCGACCUUUAGGAAGGGAUUGAACAACUAUCUAAAAGCUUUCACAUACAAUAGUUCUGUGCAAGACGACCUGUGGAAGCAUCUGACUCUAGCGGCUCACGAGGACGGCAUUCUACCCCAGGACGUGACUGUGAAGAUGAUCAUGGACACGUGGACGCUGCAGAUGGGAUACCCCGUCGUGAAGGUGACAAGGAGCCCCGACGGAACCUCUGCUACUUUGACCCAGGAGCGGUUCCUCUUAGAAGGGAGCGCAAACUCUUCCAGCACCACGGAUUACAAGUGGUGGGUGCCUCUGACCUUCACGACCCAGAAGCGAGGCCAACUUCGGCCAGACUCAAGCCAGUUUAUGGAUGAAGGACUCUGA